AUGUUUGCAAACAAGUACCGAAAGAGACUAGUCUCUGUAUCCGACAAGAAGGGAUGCUUUGUAUGUUAUAAAUCCAGCAAUACGGUUUUGGUGAACGAAGUUCCCUCAAGUGAUUUUUUCUAUGUUUGUGCGUCACAUCUGACCGAUAAAGGGUUUGCUAUAGAACUGGCGCAGCCUGCUGAACCACUUCCUCCUAAACUCCCGCUCAAACCAAGCGAGACGGAAAAAGAAACCAUGGCAAAGGAAAUUGCUGCUCUCAAGACGGAAUGGGACCGUGUGAAAGGUGUCAAAGAAGAAGAGAAAGCACUUGUGCCAAAAGAGCCCUCGCCCCCACCGCUGGCCACGCCCACGGGUCCCGUUUAUUACGAGCUCAAUGCUCAUAUAUUUAAAUUACGAAUUGAUGCAAGGAAACGCCUGACUCAAGAAAAAAAAACCCGUCAAGUUUUGGCCGUGCAGGCAUUCCCGUCUGUUCCUAAUCAUACUCCAAUGGACACAAACCCUCCAUCAGCAUAA